CUGGCCAGGCAGUUUUAUUUUGCUGAUUGCAUCGAACAGUUCGCCUGAGAAUGGAUUCGCCGGCCUUUGUUUUUCUUUUGCUGAUUUGCUGUCUGAUUGUGGGCUGUUGUUUGGCAGCACCUCAGGGAUGCAACGGUGGGUUCUAUUCCCAAAACGGCAACCUAGUCAUCGACCUGAAAGAUGUGAACUCUUUGUUGAAUUGUGUCCAGCAGCAGCAUCGUCGUUCAAGAGGAUAAGCAGCUUAAAAUAUCUUCCUCUAAUGUUUUAUAAUAAUAAAUGAAAAGUGUACUAAAAGUAUGUCAACUACAAAAUAUAAUACUCAAAAAAAAUACAA